AUGAUGCAUUUUCAUUUCUCAGUCGCUGUUGCGCUUGCAACCCUGUUGAGAGUUGCGAACGCUCAGGCCGGGCCAAAUACACUUGCUGUCUACAACCCAGCCAACAGAACGACAUCUACCAACAGCACCUACUGCAUAAUUCCGGUCCCCAAAGCCAUCAUUGAGAAGAUCACCAAAGGCUACAAACCUCUCGAUGUGCCCACGGAUAUCCUUCCCGCUUUUCCCGCGGGCAUGCACCCUUUGAUCGUUGAGGGCGGCUACCAAAACGAUAUUCGCAUGACCGCGUUCAACCUGGCACCUCUUCAAAUCCCUUCUCUCAUGCAGGGUGCCAUCUUGGUUCCUUUCGCCGACGUGAGCAAGGACGGCAAAACGCCCUUCAACGUUCCAGUCAACUACUACAUUGGGGGCACCAACGGCAAUGAUCUAGCGGCGCUGGUGCCGGCUAUUGUUGGAGCCGUUCCACUAUUUGAGGGAACGGUGAUCGCGCCGGCGCAAAUGGUGCCCGAUACAGCUGCUGUACAGAGCUUGCCCGGUGGCCUGUACAGCUUUCAAGUAAAGCCGUUCAUUCUUCCAAACCCCGUCUCCGGCCCUGGAGUUGUCGGUGAGGCAUUCGAUCUCAUCUACUCGCUUACGUCUACGUCGCCGUACACAGCGCAUACCUUCCACUCGCUGCUCAACAACCCGCAGCUUCUGGACAAUGGGAUGUGCCAACGCCAGUCACUGUACUUUAACGAGACCUUUGCGGACCCAAAGAUGGCUGUCGGCAACAUCACACUGUACAACCAGCCGCUGCUGAAUACGCCGCCCAAGGAGAUUGCUGGAACGUACACAAACGUUUACUGCUACCAGGCCAAUGCAGAACUUGUUGCUUCAUACAUUGGCGAGACUUGUCCCAUCGCUGCCGCGAGAUCCAGUCCUUCUGCCAGGGAGUAG